CACGCCCUACGCUCCACACAGUAAAGCAGUCUCACCUUCAACCAGCCUGACCGACUGUGCCGCCAUCUAUCUGACAACGACGCAUCUGAGAAAAACAUCCGUGACUACGUCCAUCUUUCAAGAUUUAGCCAGAGGAGGAAUUGAGCAAAAAAUCUAUAUAUUCUUACAAGGAUGUAACCCAUUGCGAUUUUAAUUAGAAUUUACAUGGCCUAUUUUUGCUGCGACAUGCUCGAAGCAUCAUUUUUGGCCUCUAAAUUGUAGUUUAUCUGUUGUCAACUGUCAAGCGUUACUUCUGAGUUGAAAUAUUGUUCUACCUUUAAGACAUACGUUUAAGGACGUUUCUGGUUGCAUCUUAGCAGAUCGUUCAUUAUUUUACGAUCGACGGGCUGCAAAUUGCUUUAAUCUGAUUCUCGAUUAGUUUAUUCUAACCCCAUCCAUUGAAUUUGCGCAAUGGCCGAUGUAACCUCAGAAUGUAAUAUCAAAGUUUUGUGUCGCUUUCGCCCCCUGAAUCAAUCGGAGAUUCUGCGUGGGGAUCAAUUUAUCCCUACAUUUCAAGGAGAUGACAGUGUCAACGUUGGGGGGCGGUCCUAUGUGUUCGAUCGGGUUUUUCCCACCAACACCACUCAGGAGCAGGUCUACAAUGCCUGUGCUAAGCAAAUUGUCAAGGAUGUGCUGGGUGGAUACAACGGCACUAUUUUCGCAUAUGGACAGACUGCCUCUGGGAAGACUCACACCAUGGAGGGAAAACUGCAUGACCCCAAUCAGAUGGGCAUCAUCCCCAGGAUUGCAGAGGACAUCUUCAACCAUAUCUUUGGCAUGGAUGAGAACCUGGAGUUCCACAUCAAGGUUUCAUAUUUUGAAGUCUAUAUGGACAAAAUUCGUGAUCUCCUGGAUGUGACCAAGACUAACCUGGCUGUUCAUGAGGAUAAGAACAAGAUCCCAUAUGUAAAGGGUUGCACUGAGCGCUUUGUGUCCAGCCCUGAUGAGGUCAUGGAUGUCAUUGACGAGGGGAAAAACAACCGCCAUGUUGCCGUGACCAACAUGAAUGAGCACAGCUCUCGCAGUCACAGCAUCUUCCUGAUCAACAUCAAGCAAGAGCAUACGGAGACAGAGCAGAAGCUGUGUGGGAAACUCUAUCUGGUGGACUUGGCUGGUAGUGAGAAGGUCAGCAAAACCGGUGCUGCGGGCGCCGUCCUUGAUGAGGCCAAAAACAUCAAUAAGUCUCUGUCCGCUCUGGGCAACGUGAUAUCUGCUCUGGCUGAAGGGACGAAAACUCACGUGCCGUACCGUGACAGCAAGAUGACCCGUAUUCUGCAGGACUCUCUGGGGGGAAACUGUAGGACCACCAUGUUCAUCUGCUGCUCCCCCUCCAGCUACAACGAUGCCGAAACCAAAUCCACCCUGAUGUUCGGACAACGUGCUAAGACCAUCAGGAACACGGCGUCCGUCAACCUGGAGCUGACGGCCGAUCAGUGGAAGAGGAAGUACGAGAAGGAGAAGGAGAAGAACAAGACCAUGAAGGAGACCACCCAGAGGCUGGAGGCUGAGCUCAACCGCUGGAGGAACGGGGAGAACGUUCCUGAGACGGAGAGGACCACUGCUGACGUGGUGCGUCUGGAGUCGGUGGAGGAGCGGAGCCCCGUGUUGAUCCUGGACAACGACACCUCCUCCAUCGUGGUGCGUAUCUCCGAGGAAGAGCGUCAGAAAUACGAGGAGGAGAUCCGCAAGCUCUACAAGCAGUUGGAUGACAAGGAUGAUGAGAUCAAUCUGCAGUGUCAGUUGGUUGAGAAACUGAAGGAGCAGAUGCUGGAUCAGGAUGAGCUGCUGGCAUCUUCUCGUGGGGAUGGGGACAAGGUGCAGGCAGAGCUGGGUCGUCUACAGGUGGAGAGCAGCUGUGCCAAGACAGAGGUGAAGGAGGUGCUGCAGGCCCUGGAGGAGCUGGCCAUCAACUAUGACCAGAAGAGCCAGGAGGUGGAGGAGAAGGGCCUGCAGAACCAGCUGCUGGCCGACCAGUUGGCCCAGAAGAUGGCCAGUCUGAUGGAGCUGGAGGCGGAGCUAUCUCACAUGCAGGAAGUGAGUGGUCAGCAGAGGAAGCGCAUCGCUGACGUCCUCAACGGCCUGAUGAGGGACCUAAGUGAGUUCAGCACCAUCGUGGGCAACGGGGAGAUCAAGCUGCCGGUGGAGAUCAGCGGGGCGAUUGAGGAGGAGUUCACGGUGGCCCGUCUCUACAUCAGUAAGAUCAAGUCGGAGGUCAAGUCCAUGGUGAAGCGCUGUCGCCAGCUGGAGAACCUGCAGCUGGAGUGUCAUCGCAAGAUGGAGGAGACAGGCCGCGAGCUCUCCUCCUGCCAGCUCCUCAUCUCACAGCAUGAAGCCAAGAUCCGGUCUUUGACGGAGUACAUGCAGAGUGUAGAGCUAAAGAAGAGGAUGCUGGAGGAGAGCCACGACUCCCUCAGCGAGGAGCUGGCCAAGCUGCAGGACCAAGAUAACUCUCUGCUUGAAGAGAAGGAUGGAGAGAAGGGUGAGACAGAGGAGGGUAACGUCAAGAAGGUUCCUCGGCAGCAGGGGGAGGAGUCUCACCGUGGUCUACACCACAUGCAGAUGGCCCGUCUCCGGGAUGAGAUCAAUGAGAAGCAGAGGAUCAUCGAUGACCUCACUGAUCAUAACCAGAAGCUGCAGAUUGAGUUGGCUCAGGUGCUUGCCGACUUUGACCGUCUGAAGAGCGUGGACAGCAGCAAGAGCGAGCGGCUGGAGGAGCUGUCAUUUCUACAUGAGCGCCAUGAGCAGACCAAGCAGGAUCUCAAAGGGCUGGAGGAGACUGUCGCCCGGGAGCUCCAGACCCUCCACAACCUGCGCAAGCUGUUCGUUCAAGACCUCACGUCGCGGGUUAAAAAAAGUACCGAAAUGGAACCUGAUGAUAGUGGGGGGUCUUGCACCCAGAAACAGAAGAUUUCCUUUCUUGAGAAUAACCUGGACCAGCUUACAAAGGUUCACAAACAGCUGGUUCGUGACAAUGCAGAUCUGCGCUGUGAGCUUCCAAAGUUGGAGAAACGUCUUCGGUCUACUGCUGAGAGAGUUAAGGCCCUGGAGACGGCACUGAGGGACGCCAAGGAGGGCGCCAUGAUCGACAGGCGUCGCUACCAGCAGGAAGUGGACCGCAUCAAAGACGCCAUGAGAACCAAGAACACUCUGAGACGCCCCCAUGCAGCACAGAUCGCCAAACCAGUGCGCCCGAAGCAGCUGCCAGUGUGUUCUCCUACCAACCCGUUCUACACACAUGUCAGUGAGCCGGCCAACACCUACUGUAAUGCCCUGUUCCAGAGUGCCAUCACAGAACAGACCACCGUACCUAACUCUCAGCUCAGCUCCGUCCAGACAAACAUCAGAGUGUCCACAGGACUGGGUAACAGAGCAGUCAACCCCACAGACAUGCUCGAAUCUUACCCACUCAACAUAGACAGGGAUAACGGAAACACCGUAGACAUCAAUGACAACAGGAGUGAUGGGCACUGUGGCAGUGAGGUGGAGGACCCAGGCAGACUGUACAUCAUUCAGCAGGAGACUGCUGCAAGUUAAUGCCAUGAUGACCAAAUACUGUAUUCAGGACCGCUCCCAUAUAUUUGCAUGCAGCCGUCUAGCUUCCCUCCCCCUGCACCCAUACCUGGCCAUGGAUUCUCCCCUGUAGUCCCAAGCUCAGCCCCAUGCUCCCAAUGGCGACCACCCUCACACUCCUGUGAUUAGAACACAUCGUAAUGUAUACUCCUGUAGAGGUAUUGACCAGCACUGUUUCUGUGUAUGUACAGUUCCACUUUACUCUACAGUGGCAUCAUAAUGCUGACCUAUAGCACCGUCAUAACCAUGCCCUGGCGCCUCUCCUAUAAGACGUUAUGCCAGCCUACAACAAAGGAUCUCACUCUGCAUGUUGCCCAGCUAGCUGAGUAGCCAACUAAAUCUGUGCAUGUUUCAUGACAGUGUUACUCAAUUUGCUUUAAACUGUCAUGAACCACCACGGUGGUAUUGACAGAUGUCAUGUAGAGUUUAUGAUGCUGUUGUAUUAGCUGUAUGAUGUCAUUGUCCAGUCAGUACUGAGGCAUGUGGAACUCAGCCAUGCCCUAUGCCCUUUAGAGUCUAACCCAGCCUUAAUAAUAAUGACAGUUGAUUUCACAUGAUCAUAACAUGCAGUCAUGUGUGUACAUAUAUAGAAGUACAGUAUCUGUGUAUUUACUACCUCUGGAUCUACUGAUACAACUUAUCAACUUAAAUCAUUAUUCCAACAUGUUGUUAUAUUAGUGGAUUGUAAAGGCAGUGAAGGGAGCUGUUAUGUCCUGUCAACUGAUUUGUUUGUACAAAGAUUCCUCCUCCUAAACAUCAUGAAGUAAGGUAUGAUGUUAUUGAUGAGAUAGUCACAUCUCUAUUUUAAAAUGGUACCCCUUCUACCUGCUCUGUGUAUUCUGUUAUAGGGCACAACAUCCUGCCAACAUUUCCCAACCCCUAUAAAAAAAAAACAUUAUUCAAUAUACCACAAAACACCUCCUGGAUGUGUUUUUAAACUGCUCCCAACCGAGCUGCCACCAGUAUGGGGUUUGAAAGCAUUUUAUUUGAUUGUAACAGUGGCAUGUUAGUAAUGGCAGCUUACCAAUGUGAACUUUACAUGGUCCUGUGCUCUGCUGUGUUUUCUCAGUCAGAAUCCUGAUCAACCAAUCGGGACAGAGAAAACCAGCAGCUGCUGGAGCUGUGAUUGGGAGACCAAGGUCUUUUGACAAGUACUGUACAGUAGAGUUGGUUCACUAACUAGCCAGACUGUACAGUGUUUACUUCAGGUCUAUCUAACAGACACUAUGACCUAGAAUUUGGCCUGCUAAUGACUGACACCUAGAGCACCUCAGGAUCUCUGAUUGAUAACAGUGUGUUGUGGGGCCAGGGCCACUUAUAUCUUUCAAAUCCUUUUGGCUGCAUAAUUGCUAAUUACUGAAGAAAGUGAUGAGAUAAAGUAACAGUUUGAAAAACUCAUUAUCCCCUCCACUUGGAUAAAUUAAAGACUGAAUUAUUUCAAACCAGACCUGCCCCCAAAGAUUAUUUAGAUUCCCAUUUGAGGUCAUUUUUGGAUGUAACAAGUUUGAGAAAUUGUACCAGAUAUUCGACUGUCUGACUUUAGCAUAUCUAAAAUAUGUGAUUAUAUUGUUAAACUUGUAAGCAUAACAGCAUAUCAUUAUGUAGUAAAAUGAAAAAAUGACACACAUAAUAUUACUUUGUUAGGGAACCAUAAUGUGUACUGUAUGUAUUUAUAUAUUUCUGUAGGCCUAUAUGCUCAUUGUGUGAUUCAUCGUGCGACAUGCAUAUUUUUGUAUAUACUCAUUAAAAUAUGUGAAUCAUUAUGUUGUAGUUGGCAGAAAAUAAACCCUUACAGAAAUAAGUUCAUAGAAGAAAAUCAUGUCCAAAGAAUCAUUGUGUUGUGAAAACUUUUGGACUGUGUAUUGUGUGAGCGAAGACUGUCCGAAUGGUUACUGAGUGAGUGCACAAUACAGUGCAUUAGGAAAGUAUUCAGACCCCUUGACUUUUUCCAUAUUUCGUUACGUUACAGCCUUAUUCU